AUGAGACCCCCAGAUGGAUACCCAGGGUCUGCGGGUGACUACAGUCGCUAUGGACAUGCAACUUCCCAGUUUCCUUCAUUCGACGAUUCAAGUCGCACACCACAUGGCUACCCAAUGCAGGCACCACCCCGCAAUUCAGAAGUCGUCGCAAGACCUUCAAUCGAGAGACCCUGGUAUGACGUUCGUGUCUGGUCAUUACGAAGAAAAUUGAUCGUAGCAGCUUGCGUUGUGGUUAUCAUAAUAGCAGUGGUUGUGGGGGCGGUUGAGGGGACCAAGGCAGCAGCAUACCCGAACUACUCCCAAUUAAAUUAUACGCUCAAGGAUACAUUUUCAGGGUCAUCCUUCUUCGACAACUUCGAAUACUAUUCAACAACUGAUCCAACCAAUGGAUUUGUCCAAUAUGUCAACUCAGAGACUGCAUCGCAGAUGAAUUUGACGUAUGCCUCUGAAUCAUCUGCUGUGAUCAGGGUUGAUACAAGCACACAAAACCAGACAAACGGCCGCAGCUCUGUUCGUAUUACAUCCACCAAUACAUAUGACAGUGGUUUGUUCAUCUUUGAUGUCGCCCAUACACCGUAUGGCUGUGCGACCUGGCCCGCACUGUGGCUUACCGACCCAAAUAAUUGGCCCGCGCACGGGGAAAUCGAUGUGAUAGAAUCAAACAAUAACGGUACCAACGGCAAUUCAAUGACACUACAUACAAGUAGUGGAUGCAAAAUGAACGUCCGAAGAAAGGAAACUGGAACUGCGCAGUACACCAAUUGUCUUAAUACUGCAAAUGACAACGCGGGCUGUGGCGUUGAAGGGAAAAAAGCGACUUACGGCGAAACCUUCAAUGAUAAUGGCGGAGGAGUAUACGCAAUGGAGCUACGCGACGCGGGUAUUCGUAUGUGGAUGUUCUCGCGCGACGACAUCCCAUCCGACAUUUCAAACACGACCAGUACCCCUGACCCAUCUACCUGGGGUGAAGCUUUGGCGGACUUUCCAAGCACAGGGUGUGAUAUCGGUUCGCAUUUCAAGAACCAAAGCAUCAUCGCAAAUAUCGACAUUUGCGGUGACCUCGCCGGUGCAUCGUCCUAUUACAAAAAGCUUUAUCAAUGCCCAGAUUCAUGCGAAAAGUAUGCAGCAGAGAAUGGGGCUGCCUUCGAAGAUGCUUACUGGGAGUUUAAGAGCUUCAAAGUGUACACUACGUCUUAG